UUCAUGUUUUGUAAGCGCGUGGACCUCCAGCAGAAUCAUGUGAAUUCGUCGAGAUCUUUGGAUUAAAUAAUCGAUACCAAAUGCCAUUGGUUUGUUUUGUCGGGUUUAACUUGUAUUCGAUGUUGACAUUAUUUAAAAACUCUACAUGAUAACAGUUGACCGGUUGUAGAUGAUUAGCUGGCGAAAGUCAAUGCAAUCGGGGGUUGUGUUUGUGUUUAGAUCAUGAACGUGAAUCUCAAGAAGCAAAGUUAAAGGCUUUGAGAUGACCUCUCAAAAAAGUCCUCCAGUACCCAAGGAGGGCAUUACACCUUUCCAGCAGAUGGUGGCGUCCUGCUCUGGGGCAAUUAUUACAUCACUGUUCGUAACGCCUCUGGAUGUUGUAAAGAUCAGACUGCAGGCGCAGAAGAACCCUUUUCCCAAAGGAAAAUGUUUUUUGUACUGUAAUGGCUUGAUGGAUCAUAUAUGCGUCUGUGAGAACGGAAAUGGAAAAGCAUGGUACAAAGCACCUGGUUUCCCCCAUUUCAACGGCACUGUGGAUGCCUUCAUUAAGAUUAUACGUCGGGAGGGAGUCAGGUCUCUGUGGAGCGGCCUUCCUCCAACACUAGUGAUGGCGGUGCCUGCGACCGUGAUAUAUUUCACAAGUUAUGAUCAGCUGUGUACUGCUCUGAAGGUCAGGAUGGAAGACAGAUCAGACUUGGCGCCGCUAUUGGCCGGUGCUAUCGCGAGAGUGGGCUCUGCCACAGUAAUCAGCCCCCUGGAGCUGAUCCGCACAAAGCUUCAGUCUGAGAAACAGUCAUACCGGCAGCUGAGCACUUUGAUCUGGUCUUCAGUGCACAGCGAAGGCUGGCAGUCUCUGUGGAGAGGCUGGGGUCCCACACUCCUCCGGGACGUCCCCUUCUCAGCUAUGUACUGGUAUAACUAUGAGAAAGGCAAAGCCUGGCUCUGUGAAUAUUACGGCUCUGCAGAUGCAACCUUUACUAUCACAUUCACAGCUGGAGCGCUGUCUGGAUCGCUUGCAGCAAUCGCCACACUGCCGUUUGACGUGGUGAAAACUAGACGACAGGUGGAACUGGGUGAACUGCAGGCAAUGAAGUUGUCCACGCAAGUCUCGCCCAGCACAUAUAAUGUGAUGAAAAGGAUAGUAGCAGAAAAUGGUCUAUCAGGACUAUUUGCAGGUUUUAUGCCUAAGCUGAUUAAAGUGGCUCCUGCGUGUGCUAUUAUGAUCAGCACAUAUGAGUUUGGAAAAGCUUUCUUCCACAGACACAACCAGGAGAAACAAAUGGUGACCAGACUGCAGCCAAGCACCUGAUCUCACACACACACACACACAUACACACACAAACACAAACACCCCUGAAACAUAGCAGUUCUGCAGCAAAUCACUAAAUAACCAACAUUUAAUCACAGGAUUUGGUUCAAAUGCAUUAGAAAAAUCAAUUUUCACACUAUGCAUUUGUUGUAGGUGUCUGUCUAUAGGAGACUAUUAGUUCAGAUUUGCUGAUGUGAUUAUGAUCUGGCUUUCUUUAGUAAAUACUCAUUUAAAAGUGUAAAGGGGGAACAUGAUUCACAUGUUUUAGGUAUUUGUCUAUCACCUAAAUUAUGCAACUUUCUCUUUGAUCAAAAUCAUAUAACAUUUAUUUAGUAUUUUUAUUUUUUGAGAUGGAAAAAGACAAAUGUCUAACUCUUGUUAAGCAGCGCUGCUUUAAUAUUUUGGAAAAUGUUAUUCCUUCCAGACACUGACACAUCACAGUGUUUAAUAAUGUGAUUCUAUCUAUUUAUUCUAGCUGCUCAAUGUUGUAGUAGAUGUUUUUUUCUUUUUGUUUUUUUUUGGUUAAAUAUCUCAAGUCUUCUUAUAUUUUUUUUAUAUAUGUUUAUGUUAAUAAAUAACACAAUGUCUGAGAAUGGUGCCAAAACUAAAGCAACUCUUUUGUGUUAAGGCCAUGUUAUGAACUGAAGAGACUGUUUGAAAUUGUAUGUAUUGAAAUCAUAUUUUAAAACAUUAUGUUGAACCUUAUCGGCAAAGUAAGGGUGGAUAACAGCAUUUAAAAUAAUAGAACUAAAUGUUAUUUAAUUAGCUUUAUAAAAUGCAUAAAUGAUAAAUGAAAUUUUGUCUUGAUUUUUUUUUUUAUCACGAAAGAUCAUAUGAAAUCUGCAAAAUUUGCUAGAAUUGCAUUCCAAACAUAGCCAGUGUAACUUAAACCAAAGCAGAUGAGACAAAAUCAACACCAAGAUCUACUUCACAUAUUCAUUUAUUGGGAAAAAAACCCCCAAAUAAACUUGAUCAUAGAUGAGGACAUAAAAUUAAAUAUAACAGAACAUAUUGAGGCUAAAUUAUAAUGAAUAUAUGAUAUUCAUCUUAGUAUGCCAUCAUUAUCCUCACCCCAUUCAUUUCUGUCACACUGCAACUGAACAAAUGUAGAAGUCAGACAAAG